UCGUCUCUUUUCGCCAGCUCAGAGGGUUCGGGUCUGUUCAUCGGCCUGGCUGGUACUGGGGCCGCUGGCGGAAUCGCUGUCGCUGGAUUUGAAUGGAACGCAACUUAUGUGCUGCUGGCACUCGCUUGGAUAUUUGUACCCGUCUACAUCUCCUCUGGGAUCGUGACAAUGCCAGAGUAUCUGGGACGUCGUUUUGGAGGGGAAAGGAUCCGAACGUACCUCGCUGUCCUCUCACUCCUGCUGUCUGUUUUCACCAAGAUAUCGACUGACUUGUACUCUGGAGCCCUGUUUGUCCAGGUGUGCCUGGGAUGGAACCUCUACCUGUCCACUGUCCUCAUGCUGGUGGUCACUGCUCUCUACACCAUAGCAGGUGGACUGGCUGCUGUCAUCUACACAGACACUUUACAGACAUUUAUCAUGAUCAUCGGCGCAAUCAUCCUAACAAUUACUGCUUUUAACAAGAUAGGUGGCUACAACAAUCUGGAGCAAGUUUACAGCAUCGCGGUGCCAAGUAAAAUUAUCCCCAACAGUACCUGCCAUCUGCCACGGGCUGACGCCAUGCACCUGUUCAGAGACGCCGUCACCGGAGACCUGCCAUGGCCAGGCAUGACACUAGGGCUCACCAUACUAGCCACCUGGUACUGGUGCACAGACCAGGUUAUUGUACAACGAUCCCUGUCAGCUAAAAACAUGAGUCAUGUGAAGGGAGCAUCGAUCUUUGCUGCUUAUCUAAAGUUGCUGCCCUUCAUCUUCAUCAUCCUGCCGGGUAUGAUUAGCCGAGCUCUCUAUCCAGACACUGUGGGAUGUGUUGAUCCAGAGGAGUGUGUACGGGUCUGUGGAGCAGAGGUUGGAUGUUCCAACAUUGCCUUUCCCAAACUGGUCAUUGAGCUCAUGCCAAGUGGCUUGAGGGGGCUCAUGAUAGCAGUAAUGAUGGCAGCUCUGAUGUCGUCUCUGACCUCCAUCUUCAACAGCAGCUCCACCCUUUUUACCAUGGACAUCUGGAAAAAACACCGCCCUCGAGCCUCUGAGAGGGAGCUGCUGUUGGUUGGCAGGAUUGUCACUGUGAUAUUGGUGGUGGUGAGCGUGGUGUGGAUACCCAUCCUUCAAUCAGCCAAUAGCGGCCAGCUCUACGUCUACAUCCAAUCAGUGACAAGCUACCUGGCCCCUCCAGUCACAGCCGUCUUCACACUGGCAGUCUUUUGGAAGAGGACCAAUGAGCAAGGUGCAUUCUGGGGCCUCAUGGUGGGUUUGGUGGUAGGCGUGUGCAGGAUGGUGCUGGAAUUCGCCUUUCCUCCUCCCAGAUGUGGCGUUGUGGACUCAGCUCCCCUGGUGUUACGGGGCGUUCAUUAUCUUCACUUCGCCAUUCUGCUCUGUGGACUCACUGCUAUCGUCGUAGCUGUGGUGUCAUUUGUCACACCGCCACCCAGCCACGAACAGGUUGGCACUCUUGUGUGCAACCUGACCUGGUGGACAAUAAUUGAGGAGCCAGAAAGAGAAAUUCCUCUCCAGAAAGUUUCCUCUGUCAGCCACCGUAACUCGCAGGGAUCUGAACAGGCUCGCCGGGCGAUGUGCGGACAGGGAGCAGGAUUGUGCCUCUCAGCGAUGCGGCGCUUGGAGCAGACACCCAGAGUUCCCACGAUUCGGGAGAGUGUGUUCUGGUCCAGAUUCUGUUGUGCCAAUGCUCUCCUCUUAGUCUGCAUUAAUAUUUUCUUAUAUGCAUACUUUGCCUGAAUGGGUUGCCAGGUUUGGUAGUGUUCCUCACCAUGCCUCUUGCUGAACUCUGUUCAACCUGUAAACUGCAAACUAAAGUAUUCAGUUUACAAACUGGAAGAGGUUAUUCACAAGACUUUUUGUUUAUUUUGUUUUGUUUGCCUGUUAGAUGCCAGACAGGUACAGCUCUGUGCAAAAGUUUUAAAUCAAUUUAAUUUCUUUACACUUUGAUCAAAAUUAGCCUGAUUGUUUCAUAAACCCUAAGAGUCUUCAUCACAUGGAUGUAUGAAGGUUUUUCUUCAUCAGCUCUUUUAUAGUGUAUCUCUAGUUUAAACUGGUCUGAUCUAAAUUAAUAUAAAGAAAAGAAUUGCAACAUUUAGAAUUUGUAAGAUCAGUAUAAAAGUUCACAAACUGAGCUUCAAAGAAUCUGUGUUUAGAGGUGUUUUGUGGUGCUGUGAUCCAGACUGGAUGAGACUAAUUGUUAUAAAUGUAGAACCAGAGCUGAUUAUAGUGGGUCUAAAUGCAGCCAGAGCAGCAAAAUGCCCUUUUAGCACACUGGUCAAUCAGAAGCCAGCUUCAGCAUUGUCCAUUUACGAUUUGCAGAACAUGCUGAUGCCAUUUAGUAUAUUUUAAUAUUGAGAAUUGGUCAAAUAAUAUUUUAUAAAAUACGCAUGACUUUAGAUAUUGUUUGAUCUAAAGUCAGAUAUUGUUUUCUGUUGUUUUUGUUUUUUACAAUUUUUACAUAAUUUAACAAUAAAGGAAAGAUUUAUUAGACAACAGGUUCUCAAAUAAAAUCAAAAACUUUUUUUAAUGUCUGAUGGUAUUAACUUUUAGAGAUGUUUUGUGAAAUAUU